AUGAGUCAGAAAGAGAGAUUAAACAGUCUAGGAAAAUUCAAGGCCGAGGUUAUUAGGGUGCUGGUUGCCACGGAUGUUGGAAGCUUGGAUAUUCCGACGGUAGAACUCGUUAUUAAUUUCGACAUACCAAGGGAUCCAACAGAUUAUAUUCAUCGAGUCGGUAGAACUGCAAGAGCAGGUCGCGGUGGUGUCGCGUUGUCCAUUGUAACGGAACGUGACAUAGAACUAGUGCACAACAUCGAAGCUAGAAUAAAUAAAAAGAUGGAAGAAUGGAAAAUAAAUGAAAACAAAAUUUUAGAGAGCUUAAAUGAAGUCACUAUUGCAAAACGUGUUGCUGCGAUGCACCUUCACGACACAAAUUUUGGCGCCACUAAGGAAAUUCGGAAAAAGAAACGUUCGACUUUUGAAACCGAUCACAACAAUAAUCACAAGAAUGAUAGAAAUUUAAAUAAAAAGGUCAAGAAAAAAUAG